AUGCAAAGCGUUGGAUUUACUACAAACAGUUUGAUCAAAGGUAGAUGGACCAUUGUCAAAAAGAUUGGUCAAGGUGCUUUUGGUGAGAUCUACUCUGGCAAGAACAUCAUAAACAAUGAAUUGGUUGCUAUCAAGGUUGAAAAGAUUGAUACAAAGAAACAAGUACUAAAGUUGGAAGUUGCCGUUCUAAAAAAAUUACAAGCAUGUCCAUAUGUAUGUAGGUUCAUAACAUGUGGAAGACAUAACGAUUAUAACUAUAUGGUUAUGGAAUUAUUGGGUGACAACUUGUCUGAACUUCGAAGACGCCAAGUAGAUGGAAAGUUUUCAAUGACCACUACACUAAAGUUGGGUAUACAAAUGAUACAAUCACUUGAAGCUGUUCAUGAUUUAGGUUAUUUACAUAGGGAUGUCAAACCAUCAAAUUUUGCCAUUGGAUUAGGUCCCAAUAAAAGACAUAUUACUUAUUUGAUUGAUUUUGGUUUAGCAAGAAGAUAUGUUUUAUCUUCUGGAGAAGUCAGACCUGCAAGAGAUUCAACAGGAUUUAGAGGCACAGCUAGAUAUGCAUCAAUUAAUUCACAUCUAUCAAAAGACUUGGGCCGAAGAGAUGACCUUUGGUCCAUUUUUUAUGUAUUAAUAGAAUUUGCCGAAGGUCAAUUGCCAUGGCGUAAGCUCAAGGAUAAAGACCAAAUCGGUGAUAUGAAGGUCAAGUUGAAUACACCCGAUCUCGUUAAAGACUUGCCAAAUCAAUUUACAUUGUUUAUGAAACAUCUUAAAUCGCUAAACUAUGACGAUCGUCCCAACUAUGUAUAUUUACAAUCCCUACUCAAUGAGUGUUUUCUUGCACUCGGUGGUAAUGAUCAAACUUCUUUUGAUUGGGAACUUAAUAGUGGUGGAAAUCACAAUAAUGCAUCUCUCAAUCCUAUUACUUCUUCUGCUUCACAAUUACAAAAAAUACUUCCAUCACCAUCAACAAUAGAAGUUGAAGCAAGUAGAUCAAGAGGAGGAGGAGGGGAUAAUGAUAGUAGAGGUGGUGGAGCCAAUGGAUCAAAUAACAAAGGUCAUUUAAUGGAUAACGAUGCCGAUUCCAAUCCAGUACAAUUAAUGAGACGAGACAGUGCCAGUGCAUCGGUGAUUGCAGCAUCAUCUGAAGGAAAGGAAUCUGGAGGAGGAUCAUGGAAUCAAAAGAGCGAACCACAACAAAAACCAACAACCACCAAAAAACCAUUGAACCAAAGUGGACAUCACAACCAUCACCACAGCGAUGCUGAAGCUUCGACAAGCAAACAUCAACACAACGAAUCCUACAACAACACACCACAAUUACUAAAUACGAGUAACCAUAAUGUCAGCGGCGGAAGCAACAACAACAACAACAACAACAGCAGUCAACAACAACAACAUAAAUCAUCUCUUUCUCAUUCAAAGAAAUCAAAGUGUUGUGGAAGUAAAUGUAACAUUAUUUAUAAAUACAUUGUUGUUGGUCCAAAACCAUUGACCACUUCCUCUUCUUCUUCUUCUUCCUCCUCAUUCUCAUCUUCAACAACAACAUUUAAUUCUAAAAAGAUUAAUAACAACUAUUAUAAUAAUAAUCAAAAGAAGAAUAAUGAUUAUAAACAAAAUAAUAAGAACAACAACAACAACAAGCAAGAGUACUUUAAGAUUGGAGCAACAGCAGCAUUGACCACAGUAGCAUUGGGAGUAUCAUCAGCAUUGUACCUCAAAGAAUCAGACCAACAAGAAGUGGAAAAACAUCAACCAACAUUGAGAGAAAAGAUAAUUACCAACUAUCAGAAUCGUAUCAGAGAAUUUAGUACACCAGAAAAGAUAUUUGAGACGUUUGCAUCGAUAUCAAAGAAUGGUGAAAGCUUUAUGACUCUUGAUGACUUUGUAAGUGCCAUUCUACCACACCAAUUCAAAGCUCAAUCGACCAAGGGAACAAAGACCAAAGCAUUGAUCAACAAGAAUGCACCACUUCCACUGUCGUUCAAGAUGGCCGAUGUCGAUGGUGACGGUCUCAUUUCGUUUAGCGAGUUUAUCUUUUUCUCUACUCUCUUGUCGAUUCCACAGAAUAGUGCACGUAUUGCAUUCAAGAUUAUGGAUAUCAACCACGACAACUCUAUCGAUAUCCAAGAGUUUUCACGUAUGAUCAACAUCCUCAAAUCACAAUCCAACAUUGCCAAAAACUCUACCACCCAAAAGCCAAGCAUCGUUGCACAAGGUUGGUCCGAUCAACUGUUUGGAAAGAAUGGUGACAAGAAAAUGUCGGUCGAACAAUUCCAAAAGCUACUCGAUCAACUUCAUCGUGAUGUCCUCCAACUAGAGUUUGCCAUCUACGACCCAAACAACACUGGUUACAUCUCUCAACGUGACUUUGGAAACAUCAUUGCUCGUUAUGCCGAUGGUAAAAAGUUGGAUACCUAUCUUUCUCAAGUUCAAUCAUUACCUAGUACUAUUGAUUCUAAAAACAAAGGUAUUAGUUUUGGUCAAUUUGUUCAAUUUAAUGAAUUAUUAAACAAAUUAGAUGAUGUAGCAUUAUCAAUUGAUUUAUACAAAGGUAUUAAUCAAUCAUUCACAAAGAGUAAAUUCAAAUAUGUAUCAAAGAUGGUUUGUAAAUUCGAUCCGCCACAAGAAAUUGUAGAUAGUAUCUAUACAAUCUUUGAUACCGACAAGAAUGGUGAUCUAGAAAAACAAGAGUUUGUUGAUCUCAUGGAGAGAAGAAAGUAUAGAGGUCUAAACACAGAGAGAGAUACUGGAUUUGUAAACAAACUUAGAAAGAUUUAUCAAGUUAUUGUUGGUGAACUUUAA